ACAACUCAUCGGUUUGUAAAAAAAAUGUCUGAAUUUCAGAAAGCAGGAACUUUUGACAAUCCAAUAGAAAUUGUUGAUGAUAUCAUUGAUGUUGAUGAUUUAAGUGACGAUGAUAUAAGUGAUGAUUUCACCAUUAUUUAUGAUAGUGAAGAUGAGGAAAGUCAUAUUAAUUGUGUAUCCAGUGAUAAUAUUCCUAUUAAUCCACAUAGUGACCAAGAAUUUGUUGAUGAUGAUGAUGAUGAUGUUCUUUCUUUAGUUUUAUCCUCCUCAGAUGAUGAUGAUGAUGAUGUUGAUGUUCUUUCUUUAGUUUUAUCCUCUUCAGAUGAUGAAUGUGCAGAGCCUAUGUUUCCAGAUUCAACAACCAUGGAAAAAGACAUUCUGGAACUAAAUCACACUAAACAGUAACAACUCUCUGAUCUACUCAGAUUUUUUUUUUUAGUGUUAUUAAACUAUCAUUUACUCA